AUGAGUCGUCAAGAUCAUCCUUUUUAUGAUAAACAUAAUGAUGUUUUAAAAGCACUUUGGAGUGUUGAUAAAUCAGCAAGUGGAGAUGCAAAAUUAGCUCAAUUGAAAACUGCACUUGCUAAUAGUUCAGCUAAAGAUUUACUUGAUAUUUAUGAUGAAAAAUCAGGAGAAUCACGUGCAAAAGUUCCACCAUUGAUCAUAGCUUGUUUUGAAGGAGAUUAUGAUGUUAUUAAAUGUUUACUUGAUAAUGGUGCUGAUCCAAAUCAAACUGAAAGUGAACAUGAUUUAACAGCUAUUCACAUUCUUGUUGAUGGUCCAUAUAAAGGACAAACAUUAACUGAAAGUCAAAGAGCAGAUCUUCUUAAACAAAUGAUUGCGAAAGGUGCUGAUGUUAAUCAUCCUGAUAAACAUCAAUUAAGACCAAUACAUAAAGUUGCAAUUAAUGAUCGUCCCGAAUGUUUAGAUGUUCUUCUUGAAGCUAAAGCUGAUCCAAAUGCGGUAUUCUUAGUUAAUUGUUCAGCAACACAACGUGAUGUGAAAAAUGAAACCGGUGGAACUGUUUUACAUUUUGCUGCUGCAGGAAUGGUUGAUAGUCCAAAUUGUGUUGAUAUUUUAAUCAAAGCUGGUUUAGAUGUCAAUAUCAAAGAUCAACGUGGAAAUACUCCAUUGAUGGUUGCGUGUUUUUUUAAUAAACCAAAUAUUGUUAAAUCACUUGUUGCUGCAGGAGCUGAUAAAACAAUUCAAAAUAAUGAAGGCAAAGACGCAGCAGCACUUUGUGACGAACGAGAAAAUACCGAAUGUAAAGCUGCACUCUAA